AUGGCCACAGCGGCUUUCUGGGACUCGGCACCAGCUCAGCUCCGCCUCCCUCCGGCCACAGCCACUCUGCCGUGGGCCAGCACCGUCCCCAUGCACGUCUCCAGACCCAAAUCUGCCAAGGGACAGAGGCCAAGCUUGAGCCACCGUCAGGGCAUGGAAGCCUGUCCGUGCCAUGUGCCGUCUUCCCCCCUGGCUGCCUCUCCUCGGGAAUUAGUGAGCAGCCGGAGAGCAGCACUCACAAAACCAGUGUUCCCACCUGCCCAGGUGUCUCAUGAGAAAAUCCCAAAGCUCCUGCAGCAAGUGCCUUUGAAGACCUCCUCCUCCUCCCUGAACAAGUACCGGGUGCUCCCCUCCAUCAUCCGGAAGGGCGCAGGGAGCGACGCCGUGGGAGCGUUGGCUGAACGGACCAACGGGCUGGAAGUGAGUGAGGGAAAGGAGGAUGCUCCAAAAGCCAGCAGGACUUUUUCUGGAGGACAGGGAUCUGCCAGCACAUUGUCAGGAAGUGACAUUCCCACUGAAGAGAGCUCACACGGGCACUGUGCCCCUGAGCAGUGGGGAAGGCAGGCGAGGCAGGAGAGCCCUCGGGUGUUCCCUGCGGGCCCGGAAGAGCCGCGUGUGCUGCUCGCUGUCCGAUCUCCCUCUGGGCAGAGGUUUGAGCACCACUUCAAGCCCUCUGACAGCCUCCACACAGUCCUUGCCGUGGCAGGACAGAAGCUGCUGGCCAACUACCAACACUGCAGGGUUGAAACCAUGGAGGUUCCCCGGAGGAGCUUCUCUGACCUUACCAAGUCCCUUCAGGAGUGCGGGAUCCUGCCCAAGUCCGUGCUGUGCAUCCGAUGGGAUGAGCAGCACGAUGCAGAUCUUUAGGCUCACAGAGAUGCUGUAGGUCCUUCUGCUCACUGGGGGGCAUUGCUUCUUCCAAAAAAUGGAGUCUGAUGCUUUCUGCACCUACUUCUUUAUCUUCCAUCUCCCAUAAAAUCCCUGUGAAGCAGAGUUAUGGAUAUGUAAUAGUAUUUGAAAUAGUAUUUCACAUGCAUAAACCUGAUUCAUAGAGCAGCUUGUAUCACUUGUGCCAUCACAAAUUUCUGCCUCAGCACCUCCAACCUUCAGCCUUUCUGGUUUGUUGAAGUUGCUGAUGUUCUUUGUAAACUCAGGUUUCCAAGACCUCUCCCCUUGUCCUUUUCUGUGUUUUGGGAAGAUACCACUUCUCUGAAUGCAGAAGCAGCAUUUAAGGAAGUAGAAACAGAACUGGUUUAGCUACAGGACCACCUUCAGUAUCAUUAUCCUAAACGGCUUCUCAAGAGACUGAAAAGGAACUCAAACCCCAAGACCAUCUGGAAAUAACAGUAAUAACACCUUAAUGAGUUAUUGUGAAGUAUUAAAUUGCAAGAUUGAUUGUAAAAUAUCUGUGAGUGUUCAGGUCUUUCUGGGUAACCUCAGUCCAGCUCUUAACUGUGACUAAAUCAUCUUUUUAAAAACAAAUCGUUAUUAUUUUGGCUGUCUUGGGAAGCAGCAGGAUUUUCUCCUUAGUCUUCCUUCUCUUACUUAGCUCAUGUGAUCAUUAGGUGGAUAGUUAAGAAGAGAUGCUACAGAUAAUUCCAUUUAACCCCUCUACACUGAAGUGAGUUAGUUCAAGAAGCAAGUGCUGCUUUGGGAAUUUUAAAAUAAGGUAUUAAUGGGAUUUGACUGGGAAUUGGCUCAAGGAAUAAGCCAUCUUUAGUAAACCAUCAUUAAAAGGCUGGUUGGAUGACUUGCAGGUUUAGGCAAACACAAUAUGCUUGUGCUAAAAAAAAAAGAACUAUCUUCUAGUUUCAAAGGCAGUGAUUUUAAUCUCCUUUAAAAAUGGACCACUUGCCACAGAGAUGAGUGAGUUUAAAUGUUCUGAGGCAAAUCCAAUUUAUUUUGAAGCUCAGUGUAACUACCAAACCAACUCAGCACAGGAGCAUAAACACAACAGGAGCAGAAAGCUGAUUGCUGGUGCUGGCUAUGAGUUUGGUACCUGAUGCUAAAUCAAGUGUUCAGGGUCCAGCAGCUUUGUAAAACCAGCAUCUGAUGGAACAGUGGUCCCUGCUGCUGUUGGUGAUGGGAAUCACUCAGCAGCAAUCCCAGAUAUCGAAACACAUGGAUGUCUUCAACAAAAUCACAAAGUAUUUCACUUGGUUUCAGUAACAGGCACCAUUUUCCCUGUUUCCUUCACUAUUAGGUAGUUAAUUCUCUAUUGCUGCCUGUUGUGUGCACUGUGUUACUCCUACAUUUCAGAGUGUUUCCAUCCUGUGUUAAAUAAAACCUUUUGGGCUGAAA